AUGCCUAUUCCACUGACUUCCUUCACAAAGUCCAAGUGGCUGGCUUUUUUUGCGGAGCUCACAGCAAAGGUGACGCACCACAAUGUGCUGGUGGUGAUGGAGGGGUGUGAGGUGAUCAAGCGAAUUCUCGUGUCAAGCGUGUCCGUGGCGGCGUUUUUGGAGGAGGGUGAACUCAUUACGCAUCUUGUGGAUACCAUUGCUGGUGACAUGCUGUCAAGCGAACGCCGCAGCGGUGGGCCACCGCUAUUCAUGGCAGAGAAACUUCUCUUUACGCAACUUGAGACACUUUCUCUUUUUGUUGACAUGAUGCUCGCGCUUUACGUAGACAAGGAUCCCUAUUACUGCCUCCUGGUGCUCGCACGUGCCGGAGAUAUUCUGGUGACCCUCGUCAAACUAUUGCAACGACAGCACCCACGCUUUUUUGGACUCAUCGCGGCGAUGGUGCAGUCGCUUCUGUCGUUACCACUUGGACGGGAGGUGCAGAAUCUGCCUCUUAAUGAGAGCCACUCUGUUACGUUCAGGUGUCAUGUGCAGAAGCUACAGGCAGCGGUGACCCAGACCAAGGAAAUCCUGCAGGAGGCGUUGGAAACGUUGCAGGCGCUCUACUUUGCUAUGGACGGCGCGAUGCGCUACUGCAGCCACACUUUGUUGAACAUGGCAUCCCACCGUUUCCGACAAUUGCAAAAGUGUGGUAAGCAGGGGAAUAGUACUGGAAGGGAUUCUUCUGCGAGGCAAAACGUCGGGUUAAACCGAAGUGAACCUGCUCCUUCUGAAAGUGCCAUGGACAACACUCUCGGAAGCCAUGACACGACGUGCCUCACCGUGGAUGAAACCAAAAUGUCCAUCAACACAACUGUUGAAGGGGAAGAUAUGAUUCCAGCUUAUAGCACGAAUACUUCCAUUCCUGAAGAGGAGUACAAUGACUGCUUUGAUCGCUUGUCGAAUGCUCGCUCGCAUGAGGAGUUUUUGUUCAUGUUGAACCGUAUCUGGUGUCUAACUGUGGCAGAUGGGGAGGAACUGCAACGCCGGUUCACAAGCCUCAACUUCAACCGGGCAUUCAGGCGGUUUCUUGAGACCAUGCCAUCCAAUCACCUUGACCAGGUGGUGUUUACAUCAGUGUUGUUGUGGCUAUCGCGCAUGAUGUCUGGCUUCCACCUUCUUGGUGAAACACGUGACAGUAUCUUGUCCGUUGCUGGGUCCUCGCUUAUAAAAAUUAUUCUUCAGGACCUGAACACUCGUGAUCUGUUACUGUCGCAACGAGAAGCAUCCGACCUCUCCACUGUUGACGCAGCUGCACUUGCGACAAGUGCGGCCUCCAUAUCCAAAGUAAACCUGAGCAACUCGUCCCCUAUGCUGGACGAAAGAUCAGGCAGUCUUGUGGAGCGGCCAUCGAUUUCGUUAGUUGUUUUCUCUUUUUUACUUAUCGCGGAGCGUGCGUGUGAGCCGCGGGAGAUGGCACAAUGGAUUCGUGAAGCGGGUCUUUUUGUUUUGCUUGAAUCCCUCAUUAGAAAUGUGGAGCAGACUAAGUCUGCGUUGAUUGACACGCCGACUACAGUGGAUGGGACACUUUCGGACGAAGUAUAUCUUGCCGGUGUCAUGGCAGCUACACGAACGGAGCAUGUCACCCUCGCCGCUCUCUCCUGUAAACUUCUCUCUUCUGUUAUUUGGAAUCAUCACGCGGUGCUGAAUGAAUUACUUGCCUCCGAAACUUUUGGAAUGCUAAAAUCCAUAAUUCCGCUUUUGCUGACUAUUGGCGUCCACAACCCGACACUCACAUCUGCCAUUGAAAAUAGUUCAGGUUCUGCCCUGCAUCACUUACCAAGUUGCCCACGUUCAUCUCGCUACACCUCUUUGGGUGAGUGCAGCCUGGUCGCGUUGGAUGCUUGUCUUUGGCUUGUGCAAGUUUCCCAGAUGGAUGCAGUGUGUUUGAGCGAUAUCAUUCUGCGUCUUCCGGCACUUUCGCGGGCAACACGCAAUAGUGUUCAUCCGCCACUCCGCGCCUCUGCCUACCGCUGUCUGUCGCGCCUCUGUGCUUCGUCUACAGAACUUAUGACCAUCAUGCAAGAGAUGCCAUCGGUCGUGAAUGCCGCCGUCAACAGCGUGCUGGAGUACACGAAGACGGCGCCACAGUGGGAGGCGGCAGCUGCAGCAGAGUGGUUGACAGACGUCAUUCGCAUUGCCUCAAGCGAUGCCGAGAUGGAGCAGAGUUUUGACUUCACCCAGUCAGCACUCCCUGCUAAACUGUUGGAGUUGGCCUCAUGCAAUGGCAUUACAUACGCCACAGCCGCCAUGAUGUUUUUGAUGACCUCGUUGUUUGAACAACAAACGCGCCUUGCUGCACUUCAUAAAAAUUCAUUUACUAACGUUCUUCUGCCGUAUGGUAAGCGGUCACUGGAAUGUUGGUGGCAGCUCAUUUUUGUGGUGACGCGAGCAAACGAGAAGCUGGUGUGUGUACAUGAAAAACAGAUACCUGCGGUGACAACCACAAAGGAUGCCCUCUCACGCUUUCUGAGUGGUAUCGAGGGAAUUUCAGUGCAUUUCUCUUUUGUCUGUUCCCUGGCACGCGGACUGCUCUUCCUUUUUGCUUCCUAUCCCAUUCUUGGGGAGCAGGUUUCAAAUGACGUUAUGUGCAGCUUCCUUGUAAGUGUAUUUGCUCUUCCCUCGCCUAAAGACGUGUUUGACAUGUUGUCGUCCCGCUUUGGUGUGAAGGUGGAGCAGCGUGGAACGUUGGGGAAUUCGUACGAAGUAAUGCUACAGUGGGUGAUAGAACUUUUUUCGUAUUGGUUUAAAACAGCGAAUCGGACGGCGAAGGAACCUCCCACUUUGUCUCCUGCCUUCUUUAGGUGCCUUUGCAACAUUAUGGGAAACAAUUGCCUUUCGCAGCGCAUUCGCGCGCAUAUCUGCUCCCUCGUCUCCGAUAUUGUCGUUGCACGAUCCGAGGUUCUUGCUGAGGUCUUGGCGGCGUCUAGUGGUGAUCUCUUUACAGCAUCACUUGGUAUUCAUCCUUCUUCUUCCGUCUGUGGAAUGCAGUGCCGUCUCGUGUUACUGUUUGCACCAGCCAAUGAAAAGGCGCACGAAGUUGAGUGGGUCGCCGCAAAGUUGGCAGAGCUUGAUGGACACGUGCAGUCCUUAAAGAAAAAUGGUGGCAUGCUUGGAGGUGAGGAGAUGAGUUCUCUCAUGAUGCGGCUUUCCUUUCUGUCCAGCGUGAUGGCCUUUCCUGGGUGUCGUGCCUUAUCACAGAACGUUAUGCACUCGUUUUGCGCCUCACUUCGCACCACAUUGGGGUAUGAGACGACGCAACGUGCAGCUUUUCAGGCGGCCGGAGCACUGGCGCGUAGUAGUCAGGGGCGACGCUGCCUCUUGCACGAAGUCUGUUCUACCGGUGACCCACUGGCUCGCUCAAGUUUUGGCCGUAUCGUGGGCAUCACACUCGGCGUCUCGCAAUCCGGUGAGCAGCUGCAGCUGCAGAAGGAAAAUGACAACGCCAUGAAGAAUGUUCCGUUGUCCGAGCGGGAGGCUUUUAGAGCUGCCGUCGUAUCGUCUGGAUUUGACAUCUGCGCCACGGCAUGUGGCAAUGGAGGUGAGCCGUUUACGCACGCGGUGAUGAAGCUGAGGGGUGUUGAGCAGGUGGAGUCUCUUUUGCUGAGUAAUGAACGCCGGCGAGUGGCGACACCGUUGGGUCCCUUUCGACUGUUAGCGGCGCUCUCGUUUCAGGCGGACGCGCAGCUCGCCAUCAUGCGACAGGCAGAACUCAUGACAAUUUUGGUAGAGACUGCGGCGAACACGAACUACGCAGGGAGCCUGUCACUGUUGACGCUCCGCAAUCUUUGCUUUAACCCCACACUAAAGACCAAGAUAUGUCAAGACAGUCGUCUCCUUCUGACGUUUAAGGCAGCCUUGAUGACGGAGCCAUCGCCGCAGAUAGUGAUACACGAUGCUAGAAGCCCGGGCUCAAAGGACUGCAUGACGUUGGUGCCCUCCCCAAAAGGUGAGUUGCAGGCGAAACGCGUCUCUCUACAGACGCUUACAGAGCAGACACUCUUGCAGCAGACAAAAAAGUCAGAGUGUGUGGCCACCACAGGUGACUUAUUAGAAGCUUCCGAGACGUGUCGCCGUCAGCAGUUGGCAGUGAGCGCCUUCUGGUCGCUUAUGUACGACAACCAACGGGGGAAGUCAUAUGUCCGUGGUGUUCUCAACGAGUCACCGGCGGUGAACAUCAACAAACUUAUGCAAGCUUGCUCAGAUGUUACUGUGUGCGCCCCGGAUCUUGAAACCUUCCAGGAGAAGAUGUCAGAAGCCAUUGGAAACAUUAAGCUUUUGGGAAAAGGUGCCAUUUAA